CCUUCCUUCUUCACCACUCCGCUGGACGUGCCUUCCCUUUGCUCACCCUCAGUUGUAACUUAGGGUGUGACAAGGAAACAGGCAGGUGCAGCAAUAAUAUGCUUCCAGCUUUUUCCCACCAGCUAAAGCUAUUAUUUGUGCAGUGGGCUGAAGUUGUCAUAAAGAUUUGCAACUGGCUGAAGGGUGGUUUUGGAGAGUCCUAGAAAUUCACAAAAAUGAUGCUGAUGCGGAUUGGCUGCAGGGACAAGACCGUCUUUCUCUUGUGGUCUCCAAACAACUGAUGGCUGUUGACAGGCUCUGGUGGGUGCCCCCACCCACCUUCAGCCAGCAUCAUUCUGCCACAUGAAAGUACCAGUUUUAUGUGGAUAAGGAUCCUGAAAUUUUAUGAAAUUUGGAGGAUUUAUCUUUGCAUCUGCCUGCGCUUGGUAUUUGGGGUCAUUAUUGGCAUAUUUCAUACCUCAAGACGCACUGGUAUCAACAUUUGACAAACUUCAGAACCUUGCAGAAAACCCAAAAAUGCAUAUGCCAUUUCCCAAAAGACAGAAAUGUGGCCACUGGUCUCCAUGUUUGCCUAGGAGCUAUGCUUAUCACAUACGCAGUGGAGGUGGGAAUGAGAGAUUUCCCCAAAUCUGUUUUGAAGAUGAACUACUAAUAAGUGAACAACAAGAAAAUGCUGGAAGAGGAAUAAAUAUUGCCAUUGUAGACUAUGACACUGGAAAAGUUGUUGCUGCAAAAUAUUUUGACAUGUGGGAAGGAGAAUUCUCUGGACCAAUGACUGAUUUUAUUCACAACGCUCCCCAGAGAUCUCUACUCUUUAUGGCGACCCAUGACGAUGGAAAGUCAAAGUUACAGGAGGAUGGGAAAAAGGCAAUAGCAGAAUUGGGAAGUAAGGAAAUAUGGAAUUUGAAGUUUAGGUCAGGCUGGGUCUUUUUAGCUGCAAAAGGUUUUGAACUACCAGAAAAUAUACAAAAGGAAAAGAUAAUUCAUCCUGACAGUAGUAACAAUCGAUACGAUGGCUGGCCAACUGAAAUCCAGAUUGAAGGCUGUAUUCCAAGAAACCUAAUAAGCUGAUUCUAAAACUAUUGGCGAAGUGGUGCACUGCAUCUUUGCUUACCUAAUAUGGAACUAUCUGCCCUAAAAGGGACUGUCUAAAGCUGUGGACAAAAACAACAGCAACAACAAACUCUAGUUAAAAUCAGUCUGAAAUGCUGAAUUCAGUUGCAGAAUUGAAGCGAA